AUGUCGUCGAUACAAUCAGUGUCAACGAAACAAAAGAAGAAGCGGAUCAAGGCGGUGCACCAGAAGUUGAGGGUUUUCAGGGCCAAGGAGCCCCUGCUAGGAAUAAUCAUGUGGGGCGUCAAUCACUCGAGAAUAAACGAAUUGAGCCUGGUUAAUCCGCCUGUCAUGCUCAUGCCAGAUGAUUUCAAGGCCUACUCCAAGAUAAGAAUAGACAACCAUCUAUUUAACAAAGAGAAUAUGCCGAGCCAUUUCAAAUUCAAAGAAUGGUGUCCACUGGUUUUUAGGAAUCUAAGGGAGAGAUUUUCUGUUGAUGAAGACUGUUACAUGAACUCCUUGGUGAAGCACUGCCCGACAGAUAUCGACUCACCAGGCAAAAGUGGUGCCAGGUUUCUGAUCAGCCAUGACAGGAAGUACAUCCUGAAAACGAUUACCACUGAAGAUGUCGCCGAAAUGAUCAGGAUCCUGAAAGAUUACCACCAGUAUGUGGUAGAGCACCAUGCGGAGACAAGACUUCCCCAUAUACUGGGCAUGUACAAGAUAUGUAUCAACGAUACUGACACUCAUCACGUUAUGGUCAUGAAGAAUGUCUUCUCGGCUGGUUUCAACAUACAUAGGAAGUACGAUCUCAAAGGUUCGACAGUAGCCCGGCAGGCUAGUGAGAAGGAAAGGGCCAAAGAACUGCCAACUUUAAAGGACAACGACUUCCUCAGUGAGAAGACCUCCAUACACAUUCAUAAGGACGACAAAGCCAAACUCAUCAAGAUCCUUGAAGCUGAUUCUACCUUCCUGGCCAGUUUGAAUCUGAUGGAUUACAGUUUGCUGGUCGGCAUACACGAAGUUAAUCAUCCUUCCAAUUUCGUGGACGAGGACGAUGAAGAGGAGGAUGAUGAAGAUUUGGAACAGGAAGACGAAAACAACGCUAACGACAGCAGCAUGUUUACCACACCUCCGUCCUCACCUCGCAUUCGAACGGAGAGUGACGGAGAUUACGUCUACGAGUAUGAACCGGAUCAGAAUGAUCCCGGCUACUUUGCAAUCAAAUCUAACGACAAAAGUCCACAGCCAGUGAUCUACUUCAUGUCACUUAUCGACAUCCUGACUCGAUACGGGGUUAAGAAGAAAACGGCGAAGGCAGCCAAAACUAUGAAGCACGGCGCCGGGGCCGAGAUAUCAACGGUUAAACCUGAUCAGUAUGCUAAGAGGUUCAUGGAGUUCAUCGAUCGAAUUAUUGUGGUCGAUUGA